AUGCUGCGGGUCCAGGUUCGCCCUAAACCUCGUCGUCCAGCUACCGCUCCGGCUGAGGCAGAAAUCACGGCGGCAGCGGCGGCGGCGGCGGCACCCGUGGCGAACGGCGGCGGGGGGGGUAUGUUAGCCGGGGCGGCGGGCGGAACGGCGACGAGAGCUGGAGCUAGCCGGUUGCGACGGGCGGCGGACGCGGGUGCUGAUGGGUCGGGGGCGGAGGGGCAGGGUGAAUCCCUCCGAGACAUCCAGUCACGUCUACAGCAGGUGGACACUCUCUCUGCCAAGAUCGACACUGCCAUGAUGGCAGCGGAGGACCGGUUACCGGCGGUCGGAGGGAUGGCGUUGACGAGGGAUGUUGACUGCCGCCGUCGUCGAGUGCCGACCGCACGCCUUCAGCAGCACUUGACGGAUGUUCAGCGCCACUCCCGCCAGCGCGGAGUAAAAAAAAGCGACCCCCGGCCACCAGAAGAUAGACAAAACAACGCGGCUACUGCCGCCGCCGUCGCUGCCGGUGCGUCAGCGGCACCGGCGGCUCCCAAUCCUUCCGCCACCAGAUCGGGCGAGCGAAAAUCGGGGGGUGGAGGCGGUAGACAGGGCGGCGGGGGCAGGAAUAGCGAAGGUGGUGCUGGAAGCAGCAGCCGAAAACGGAAGGUACCAGAAAAUGGCACCGUUGGUGGUGCCGCCGCGGGAGCUUUUGCCGGCGACGGCGGGCGCGUGAACCCACCUUCCGGAUCGGGUAGUAGCAGCAGCAUCAGUAGCGGCAUCGCUAGCAGCAAGAGCACCGCUGCUGCUCAGGCGGGAGCGCGUAGAAUAAACGGGACCCAGCAUUUUCAGGCGAGUUCCGCCGCCACCGCUGCCGCCGCCGCUGCCGUUUUGGGCGGUGUCCCGGCGGCGGCACCGGCGGCAGGAGCGGUAGCUGUAACAGCAGUGGCAGUCCCUUCCUCUGUGGGGGCAGCCAACGCCGUGGCACCCUUGAAUGCAAGCGCACGGCACCAGCAGCAGCAGCUUCAACAGGAACGGCAGCAUGAGGCAACCGAGGCAGCGGCUGCCGCAGGCGGUGGUGCCAGUGGCAGCAGUCCCACCACCGCCUCUCAUGGCGGCGCUCGGGGGGGUCGUGCGGGGGCUAGGCCCAGCAGCGGCGGCGGCGGGGGGGGCUCGUGUUCUAAAAGAGAUACGCCGGAGAGUCUGAGGGCGGCAGCGGCUACGGCAGCAGAGACGGCUACGGCGGCGAUGAUUCAUGAACGGGUGCGUGUUGGCGGUGGAGACAGUAGAGAAGGGGCGGCGGCGGUUGAAGGAGAGGGGGUUAAGGAGCGGGAGUCAAAGGGGGCUGCGGCGGCAGGGGCGGGUGCUGGUGCGGUGCAGGCCAAGACGGCGGUGGCCAGGACAUGGGAGGAAUGUGUCGACGAGGGAGAAGCGUUCGUGACGGCGAUGCUGGCAAGCGUCGUGCGAAGCUUAGCGGAAGGUCCUAAAACAGAGACCGAGCUGGAUCAGUCCGUCCGCUCCGACAUGGACGCCGGUCGGGCAGCCGCCGGCCUUCCCGUGGCAAACUGGUCGGAGUCUCACAUGGUGAACGUCCGGCUGGUGGUUGACGUGCUGAUCGCACUUGGGCUGGUGAAGUCGGACUAUAACACGGUGGAGCAGUCGGCCGGGUGGCCGAUGGACGUGCACCCUCCCAGCGAGAGCCAUGGCGGCGCGCCAGCCCCGUGCUUCUGCUCAUCGGUGAUGCGGCGUGCCAUGGCGCGGCACACCAAGAUGGCGACCCCGGCCGUGCCGGCCGUCUUGCCAUCGCUCACCGCGUCUUUUCCGAUCGACCCGUUUCAACUCGGCAUCCCGUGGAACCCGGGGGCGGGCGGGGGCGGGGGCGGCGGCGGCGGUGGUAGCGGCAGGUUCGACGGCGGCGGGGUGUCGGCCGCGACCUCCACGAAUCGCUCGCCCGUAGGCGGCGGCAACAACCAGGCGGUUUACGGCGUGCCGGGCCAGGUUGUGGCGCCUCCGACGAUGGUCGCAAGGGCGGCGGCGAUGGAAGGGGGGCGGCGUACGGGCGGAGGGGGGGCGUUGUCCCCGAAGAGGGAGAUCGAGGCCGGUGGCGGCGCGGGGUUGCCGGGGAGGUUGAUGGUUGAGCCCGCGGCGCCGGUGGCCGCCGCCGCCGCGGCUUACUCGGCCGCGGCGCGAGUGGCCGACCUGCAGGCCUCGACGUCGGCAGCCGUGCAGAUGCCGCCUUCUUCCCCGCGGCACCCCGGCGGGAUGCCCAGGGGGAGCGCGCCUCCGGCUCUCGCCUCUCUUUCCCCGGGGGGGGGCGGGGGCCGGGGAAGGGGGGACGGGUUGCUACCGUUGUCGGAGCAGCUAGGGCUGCCGCUCUCGGCGCUGAUCCCUUCAACUGGCGAGAAGGUCGGUACGGCUGGGUCGUCCUCGAUGGCCUCACCUCCGGCCGCGACCAGCUUCGCUCCAUUGACGGGAGCGUCGUUUCGCCCGCCGCUGGCGGCGGCGGCGGCGAUGUCGACUACUGCUACCGGGGCCGCCGGCCCGACCCAGGCUCCGUCCACGGCAAGUACGAUGGCGGCGACGAGCAGCGUGGCUACGGGGAGGGUGCCUGUCGCGGCCUCCUCCGCGGGAACGCAACCGGUUCUGCCGCCGCCGCCCGCGGCGGUCGCACGGCAGCAGCAGCAGCAGCAGCAGCAGCAGCAGCAGCAGCACAUGCUCCCGCGGAUCGCGACGCUGGACUCGGCCAAGACCGGGUACUUCGACGCGUCGUGGGGAGCGAUGGCCACCGAGUGGGAGGAGGCGGAGGCGAGGGGGGCUUCGGGGGGGGAAGGGGGGCUCAGCGGCGUGGUGUUUGGUGCCGGAUCGUCAUCAGCCAAGGAGGGUCCUAGCGUCAGCUGGCAGCAGCAGCGUGAGACGUCGCCCCUGGUGGCUGCCGUGGCCUCGCAGGCUGCCGCCCCUGCUGUUGCGGCGCAGCCGGGGGCGCUCAGGGGGACCGGGUGCGGCGAGACGAUGCCGGCGGCGGCGGCGGAGGCAUUGCCGUCGAUGCUGUCUCCUGCCUCUUCGUCAAUGGCGGGGACGAUUCCGCGCCCCCCCCCGCCCAGCCCGCUCUUGUCGACGACGACGCCCCCGCGAACAACCAAUACGGUGGCGUCUGGGGGUGGGGUUGGGGUUGGUUCAGGGCCAGCGGCGGUGGCUGUGAGUACGGGCUGGGAGGCGCGUUCCCGUGCCUUGGAAGGCUUGCCGGACCCCUUGUCCUUGACGGGGCUUACCUUCGAAGGCGUUUUUUCUCCGUCUCAGGAGCGUCAAAAACUAGCGCCACUGUUAAACAUGUCCGGCGGAGGCGACGGCACCGCCACCCGUAGCCACUCCCUUUCUUCUCCGACGACCUCCACGUUUUCGGUCGGCACCCUUGGCGUGCCGUCUCCGGCCCCGUCUCCGUCCAACCUAUCGGUCAUCGCGGGCUCCAACGACACCACCGCCGCCGCCGCUGCCGCCGCCGCCGGCAGCACCGCUAUGGAGCUCCGCGUGGUGGACGCUGGGAGCGGCGGCAAUGCGUUCGGCCGGUCGCCGGGGGGGGGGGGCUCCACUUCUGGUGGGGGGGCGGGGAGCGCUGCUUCCGAUGCGGGUGGGGCGGCAAAUAUCUCAGACAGGUGUGCGACAUGUUUAGCGCGUGGGAUAAGAUGCAGCCCAGUUUACCGUUACAACAACGUUGUGUCUGCCGUUGGGCGGGGUUGA